AUGGGGAAGGUGUGGUCGAGGACACUGGACGAGGAGGAGGAGGAGGAGGAGGAGGAGGCGGAUGGUCCGUCGGUCCUCGGCCACUCGUCCGCCGACGCGCGAAGCGUCACGACUCGCCGACAGGAUGCGCCUGCAGAAGCUGCUCGCGAGCGCCUCAACAUCAACGCCGAUUGGCGCUUCGAGCGUUUCGAGAGCAACCCCGACGGCCUCAGUUACGACCAGCUGAAGCCGUGGAUCCUGCCGGCUGCCAACAACUUCAUCAAAGAUCCAGCACUCCACACCGAGCCCCCGACCGGACGGCCCAGCAAUGUCACCUAUGCGCAAGCCUCCUUUGAUGACAGCGCGUGGGAGGCCCUGAAUCUCCCGCAUGACUGGGCCGUUAAGGGACCCUUCUAUGAAGGUUCUGACCCGCCAGUGGGCGGGAACAUGGGUCGUUUGCCGAUUCAAGGGAUUGGCUGGUAUCGUCGCACCAUCGACGUUACGUCGGCCGACGAGGACAAGACAAUAUACUUGGAGGUCGACGGCGCGAUGUCUUACGCGACGGUCUGGCUGAAUGGAAAGCUCGUUGGUGGCUGGCCCUAUGGAUAUGCUUCGUUCCGUCUAGACCUCAGUCCUUAUGUUCAGUCGGGAGAGAAUCAACUUGCCAUCCGCCUUGACCAGGAACUCGAUUCCUCUCGUUGGUAUCCUGGUGCAGGCAUCUAUCGCAACAUUUGGCUUACCAAGCUCAACGCUGUCCAUGUCGGUCACUGGGGCACUUACAUCACUGCGAAGGAUGUUUCUGCUGAAUCGGCCACCCUGGACCUCACCGUUCAGGUCGAGAACGCCGCAACAACCGGCGAGGCAUCAGAUAUCCAAGUCGUGACAGACGUCCAUGUCUUGGACGCAGCGACCGGACAGGCCGGGGAGAAGGUCGGCCAAUUUCCCGAAACUACCGUCAGCGUUGGAGCUGGCAGUAUUGAAUCAACAAAUGGCUCGAUUGCCUUGGAGAAUCCGAAGCUCUGGGGUCCUCGACCGUCGCAGGAGCCCAACCUACAUGUUGCGAUCACGCGCCUGUACGCAGACGGUCAAGAAAUCGACGCCUACGAGACCCGGUUCGGCGUCCGAUCGGUCAGCUACGCCGGCGAUGGGUUGCGGAUCAACGGAGAGCGUAUCUACCUCCAGGGCGUGUGCCAGCACCAUGACUUAGGCUCGAUCGGAGCUGCCUUCAAUCUUGUAGCAGCAGAGCGACAACUGCAAUUACUUCAGGACAUGGGUUCCAAUGCUAUCAGGACAUCACACAACCCACCAGCACCCGAGAUCCUUGAUCUCGCUGACAGCUUGGGCAUUGUUGUCCUAGACGAGAUCUUUGACACCUGGGCCAGCCACAAGACCGAGAACGAUUUCGCAAGUCUGUGGGAAGACUGGUCUGAGCCGGACCUGCGCGCAUUUGUCCGCCGUGACCGGAAUCAUCCAUCAAUUUGGGCAUGGAGCUACGGUAACGAGAUUGCCGAGCAGGAGGAGGGUGCCGAAGGCGCCGCCGCGGCUCAGCGGCUCGCGGACAUUGUCAGGGAAGAGGACUCCACACGCCAGUCCUCGGUGGGCAUGAACAACGCCGGCCCUGAGACCCCCUUCGUCUCGGUUGUGGACCUUAUCGGGCUGAACUACCAGGGCGAAGGCAAGGGUAACGGUGGUCCAACCUUUGAAAACUUCCGCGGGGAGUUCCCUGACAAGCUGAUAUUCAGCACGGAGAGCUCCUCCGCUGUCAGCUCUAGAGGAACUUACCUGUUCCCAGUGACCCCAGCCAACAGCACCAUCGUUCUUGCUAAUGGCACCGGUGCCGACCCAGAAACCCGCCAGGUCAGUGCUUACGAGCUAUAUGCUGUUCCCUGGGGUGCUUCGCCGGACAAGGUUUUCGACGCGCAGGAUCAGUUCCCAUACGUCGCCGGAGAAUUUGUAUGGACGGGCUGGGACUAUAUCGGUGAGCCGACCCCGUACGAUGGUCAAUCUCGUAGCAGCUAUUUUGGGAUUAUCGACUUGGCCGGUUUCCCCAAGGAUCGUUUCUACUUGUACCAAUCGCGCUGGAACCCGACCGUUCGGAAUGCGCACAUCCUUCCACACUGGAACUGGCCGGACCGUGUCGGCGAGGUGACUCCUGUCCACGUCUUCUCUUCCGGAGAUGAGGCCGAGCUGUUCGUGAACGGAGAAUCCCAGGGCCGUCAAACUAAGGCUGGAUACCGUUUCCGGUGGGACGACGUCGUCUACCAGCCUGGCGAGGUUCACGUCAAGACUUACAAGGACGGGGAGGAGUGGGCAGAGGCCACGGUGCGGACGACCGGGGAAGCGACACAGCUAGUUCUGUCGACCUACCAAAAUCGGACGACUAUCGCCGCCGACGGCAGCGAUUUGUCCUUCGUGAGUGUCGCCGUGAGCGACGACAACGGCGACGUGGUGCACACUGCCGAACCUGCCAUCACCUUCUCGGUCACGGGUGGCGAGAUCGUGUCGACUGACAACGGCGACCCGACGGAUUUCAACCCGUUCCCGUCCAAGGAGCGGAAUGCCUUCAGGGGCCUCGCGCUUGCCAUCGUGCGUGCGCCGGCGGGAUCUUCUGGGCCAGUCACUGUCACCGCCCAGGCGGAUGGCUUGAAGACGGCCGAGAUUACGCUGAAUGUUCAGUAG